UUUGCCUCCGAAUUCUCGGAUGGAUUUCUCAUAGUUACGAUGUUUACGUUGACGGAGAGAGAGAUGGAGCUAUGAGAAAUUGGGCUUUCCUAACCAAACUUCUUCAAUGGUUCAGUAGAGUUGUUGAUGUCAUUAUUAAGAUAGUCAUCAGAUUAUAAUCUUGUUCAUCUUAAGUCGUGACUUCGUGAAUUGAUUGACGCUGUUACUAUCAUUCUUACAACUACCUAAAAGUAUAUCCACGUCUAUUCGUGCUCAAGUUCUCUGAAAUUCCUUUUCUCUUCUGCUUUGAAGACAUGGACAAACGAAUCACACUGGAAAUUCCACCACGAACCGCCACUCUUAUUGAAGAGCUUGACAAAAAAUUGAUGGUGUUGUUGCGAGAUGGAAGAACAUUAAUUGGCUAUUUGAGAAGCGUUGAUCAGUUUGCUAAUCUUGUGCUUCACCGCACUAUUGAAAGAAUACAUGUUGGCAAAGAGUAUGGUGACAUUCCUCGUGGGGUAUUCAUUGUGCGAGGUGAAAAUGUAGUUCUCCUUGGAGAAAUUGACCAGGAGAAGGAAGAUAAACUGCCUCUUCAAGAAGUCUCUGUAGAUGACAUCCUAGAUGCCCAACGCAAAGAGCAGGAAACUAAGCAAGAUCAAGAAAAACUGCUUGCUAAGGCACUGAAAGAACGGGGAUUACAGUACAUCCCAGAUAUGAGCCAUGACGACAUGUUCUAGGUACAAAGCAUCAAAUUUGUGACAUACAAGACUGGUAAAGUUUACAAUGUUGUUUUUUUUUUGUCUGUUUUUUUUUUCUUUGUUUUUUGUUGUCUUCAUUGGUUGGAUUUGCAUGAAUCAUGUUUUUUUUACUUACUUCAGACUAAAGAAUUAAGUUUUGGUGUCAAUUAUUUUGAGUCAAUAGGUUAGUUCGUCACCAAUGUUUUUUCUGUAAAUCACAUAUUUAUUUCUUUAGAUCUGAUAAAUCAAUACAGAUUUAAAUAGAGUUUUUACACUUAUGUACCAGAUAGUGUUGAGGAAAUUAAUGGGACUUCAAUUUUCUUAUUUAAAACCCAUCUUUGUCUCCUUUUUAUAAAUUAAUGCUGCAUUUAGUCUCUUAAAACAAGAGGCCUUGCCUCAGCUUAGGCAGCGAUCCUUAGAGGUUUGCUGAGUUGGGCUAGCCAAUCACAGCAUAAGGCACUGCCAGAACUCAUGCCUUAUGUGUGGCGCCUCUACUCACAAGGCUAAAUUCACCAUUACACUUUAUACUCAGGUUAUACUCAGGUUUAGUUGAAAAUAAUUUCUUGUGUAUUAGUUUCAUCUCUUCUCUUGUUAUUGUUUGAGGAGUGUUUCAUAGACCUUUGCUUUCAUCAAAUAAUCUGUAGGAAAGUACACAGUACAAUAAUUCCUUUUAUUUCAUAUGUACAAAAUGAUACAAUACAUGUCAAUCUACAGAAUGCCAUGCUGGAAAUGUCUAAAUUUUUAUAUCAAUCAUUGCAGAUUUGUUAAACUGAUGCAUCUUCCAGAGUUAUUGGUUUUUGAUAGAUGUACAGUAUACAUGUACAUAUAUACGUAUAUUUAUUGUUAAAUUUACGGUUCCUAUGGCAGAAACUGUCAAGAUUCAAGAUUCUAAUCAAGUUUUGUGUACAUAACUACUUUACUUUGCAAUGCUGCAAAGUUUUGCAAGUGUAAGGUACAAAUCAAAUCAAAUCAAAGGGAAGUCAAUGCUAUGACUUUGUCAGAAUGUUAAGCAUUGAAGUCUUUCUUCUUUUUUAUAUAAAAAUAGUAUCCGAUUACCAGUAUUAGUUUCUUCCCUCAUUGCUUGCUCUUUAGUUUACCCUCAAUAAAUUGAUUUUGUUGGAAAGAAA